AUGGAGACCGGGGCGGGCCAGAACCUCACGCACCUGCGAGCGAAAAGUACAUUUUGCGUAAUCGUCUUCGCAUCUACACUAUUCUUCCCAAUCAUCAGCACUAUCUGUGCCGUCACAGUCGCGCUUUUCACCUGGAGAUGGCGCCCGGUACCAUACGAUCCUGAUGUGCCACCCAAGUCGAGGUACUCUGGAACCCUGAAGCCGCCGCAGCAUGAAAUGGAUAUAGAAGACAUCUGCGCCCACUGCAGAGACGAGUUUGUGGAGCCUCUCGAGCUCCCAUGCGGUCAUGUGUUCUGCCGAGGCUGCAUUAGGAGCCUUAUCGAAUACGAACAGACCCGCUGUCCGCUAUGCAAUCGGCUCCAAUUCACAAUGCUCGAGCCCUGGGCGGUUCUGUUCGUUCGGCUGGGGUCGGCCUCGACUGCCGUCGCGAUUGUGGUUCAGGCUUUCGCAAUCAUCGUGGACGCAUACUGGCCGGGAGCUACCAGAGUCAACCCCAGACCGGCUUUGAACCUCAUCAACAUUUUCCAGAUGUCCAGUGUGGUGGUUCUAGUUGCGGCGAUGGAAUAUGGAUUGGGUGACCAUUGGAUUGCAGAAUUGGCUCUUCCGGUUACGACAACAUUCGUAUGGUUGGCAUACAGUGCGUACUUUGCGGCAUACACAUCGAUACUGCUGCAGCUGAGAUUCUGGGACUGGUCGUUGUUCAAUGUGCUGAGAUUCUUGGGCUAG